AUGUAAAAUGAUAAUGCUUAUCAAAUAAAAAGGAAAUUAGGGAAUGGUUCAUUUGGUAGUGUAUACUUAGUAUGUGAUAUUAAAAGUAAUUAAGAAUUUGCUUGCAAAAUUGUAAUAUACAUAAUAUUUAUUCUUAGGUGUCUAAAUCUAUGCUGAGUAAAUAUUAGGCUGAGGGGAUGGUGAGGUAGGAGAUUUAAAUUCAAUCAAGCAUCAACCACAGAAAUGUAGUAAAAGUGUUUAAUUCAUUUGAAGAUACUAAAAACAUCUACAUCAUUUUAGAAUACUGUAAGUAGGGUCAAUUACAAAUCCCCUCACAACCUUAUACAAAUAAACAAAUAAUUUAAUUCCUCAAUCAAAUGCUCAAUGCUCUUGAUUCUAUUCAUCAAAUGAAUCUUGUGCAUAGAGAUAUAAAAGUAAGUAACAUCUCCCCAAUUCCAGUUAGACAACAUCCUUGUUCAUGAGGAUGGAACUUACAAACUUUCAGACUUCGGAUGGGCUACCAAAAUAUCUCAAAUUAAACCUAUUUUAUGUGGUACUACAGAGUAUAUGCCUCCAGAAGUUGUUAAUAACUAGUUUCAUGAUUAAAAGGUAGACUCUUGGUCAUUAGGAAUUGUACUAUAUGUAUAUUAAUAUAAUAUAUUUUAGAUUCUGACCCAUUGUAGAAAACCUUUCACUUCUAAAACAGAUCGAGAAUUAAUUUAAUAAAUUUCAGAAAAUGAAAUUAAAAUUGAUUCUACAUUGGAUGAAAAUCUAUAAAUACUAAUUCAAGCAUUACUAACUAAGGAUCCUACUUAUAGACCCAAUAUAUAAUAACUUUAUUUUAGUAAAUGGAUCAAAUUCUAAAUGAAAUAUCAUAAUAUAUUCAAUAGAUACGAACAUGAAAAAUUAAAGAAUAAAUUUAUCAAUUAAAAGAUUGAAAUCAAAUCUGUUGAUAAUUGGUAAUGAAUUGUUUAAUUUUUAGUGCUAUUUAAUUGAGAAAGAAGAAGACAAUAAUUUAAGAUUGUUCUCUAUCUCAUAGCAUAAGUACUUAAUUGAGUAAUUGUGAUAUGAAUGAAUCAGUAAUAAUAGAGAAAUAGAAAUAAGAAAAACUUUGA